AUGAGUGGUUUUGCCCUGACAUUGCCUGAAGUUUUUACUUUUUUGAAGUUCAUUAUUCAUGAUGAGGUAACUUUGCAAAUGUGAAUUUAUUGUUUUUUCUAUUCGGUUCAAAACAAACUAUUACACAUUAUGAAUAAAAUUGUAUUAAGUGUGAACCCUACAAACAUACCACGCCCAGCUUCGUGCAAAUUAACUUUAAAAAUUGGCGGUGUGGGUUUUGAAAUUUUUUGGCGAGGUGAAAACAACCUUUUCGACUGGAAAUUACGACUUUUUACCAAAAUCUAGCAAAAAUUUGCCGUUUUUCAAAAAAAUCUCAAAUUGGCGAGGUGUAUUUUCGAAUUUUUUUAUUGGCGCCGUGCAGAUGCCUCACCCUGGGCGUGGUAUGCCUACAAAUUUCGAAAAAUUGUAAUGUUUCAGAGAUUGCCACAACUUUCAAAAUCGGAAUUGGAAAAUUUUUCAUACCCGGAUUUAUUGGACGAUGAAAAGUUGAAAUGUCUGCUAGAUUUGCUUUUCAAAAAAUCAAAUGGAGGACUUGAUAUUUAUGUUUCACCGGAAUCAAUUAUUGAAGAAUUGAAAACUGUCGAACAAAUUCCAGAGAUGUAUCGAUUAUUUAAAGAUAGAGAGACAAUUCAAUGUUUUAGAAUUCGUAACUUAUCUUUACAAUACUGCAAUGAAGAUCAUGUAUAUUAUUCAAAAAACGGUCUUGGUGAUUUGGUUUGUCAAAAAAUGCUAUUGAAGACGAAUCACAAACUCACUGCUAUUUUUAUACAAUCAUGGUUUUUUGAUUGUUUCAUCCGAAAAUUUGAUGAGAAUAUGAAAAAUUGUUUUGAAUUAAUACCCGAACAGGCCUGGAAAGUGCUGUCAAAUGAGCUCGAUAAAUACUCGGUAAGUUAAAAUAUUUCUGAAAAUAACAAUAUAUGUGAACACAGGAAUUUGAAUUUGUCUUCAACUGUAAUCAGAAAAUCUCUGAAAAUCAUAUCAACAAUCUUAUUAACAACUAUUUAACUGAAAACACCGAACCCAUGAAUAGGGUUCGAGAUAAUAUGGCUGAAAUCUUAACCGUGAGUACCAAUUCACAUUAAAAAUAUAAAUUUAUUACAUUUUCUAUUUAUAUAGUUUUACCCAAUCGAAAACAACCAACAAUUGUGGCAUAGAAUUUAUAUGGAUAUCAGUUUGAAAACGGAACAUUUAAUUCGCACUAUGAAUAAAUUUAAAGAUUUAUUUCAUCCGUUUCCAAAAAAUAAGGCAAGUUUGUUUUUCUAUAAUGAUAUGUUAAAAAAAUAUUUUAAAAGGUUACAUCGAUUUACCAAUAUCCUGUCGUUCGUUUAUUUGUGGAAGACACUCGUCUUGUACCAUUUAUGUUCUCAAAAGAACUGGAAGAUGCACUACUUGUUGUAUUGAAACGGAAAUAUCCUAAUAAAAAAAUCCCGAAAGGUGAGGAAGCAGAAUUUUAUUUUUGUUCUAUGGGGUGAUUCAGUCAAAGUAAUUGACAAAAUAUUCAAGUUAUUUAGAGCGAUUAAUUUUACGUUUCUCUCGCAUUUUACAUACUUUACAUAAAUGAAUGCGAUUGAAAAAAAAACGUGAAAUUAAUCGUUCUAUUUAAAAUACUCACUAAUUAAUUCGAUUAAAUCACUCCAUCAGGACUUCUUGAAAUCGAAAACGAAAAUGAAAGAAGACUUGGAAUUGUUAAUGCUGUCAAUUUUGAAGAGUUUCGAAGAAUAUUACGAGUUCUUACAAUUCAAGAAUCUGAUUUUUCGGUAAGAUCACAGACAAUAAUAAUUUUCUAUGUGUAUUUUUCAUACAGAUAAUUGGUCAAAAUGCUCCAGUUAACAAUCGAAAAGUUUUUUAUCCCAUAUUAUCUCCAUAUGGAAAGCAUUGCAUUUUUUCUGAACAAUAUUUUACUGAACUUAUUUACUAUCUCACAGUUGUUCUGGAAAUAUUCAAAAGUGUUAAUGCAAUCAAUUUUGAUUUGGUUCAAAAAUGGAUUGUCAAAAAAUGCAAAGAUAUUUUCAAAAAACGGGUAAAUGUUUACGUCUGAAAAUAGAUCGUCAAAGAACAUUUUACAGGACAAACUAUAUCUCAUAGAAGUGUGGAAAUAUGAUGAAAUUUUGAAAGAAGCUCGGGAAGAGCUACAAAUUUAUAAAACAGAGGUAAUAUUAAAAACAAGGGUAAAAAUAAUACAAAUUUUUCCAUCUGCAACAGUUUGUAGGUAAAAAAAGUGAGAAUUUUUUAUGUUCCGUUUUUACACCUGUGUGAAAAUGAUACAAUUUUUACAAACCAAACACUAUUUCAGCCAAUAUUUGAAGUUCCGAUAAAAUCAAGUUAUGAGAAAAAUGAAGUUGUAAAAUUUAUCAAAAAAUGUACAAGCUUUUUUGAAAUUAGACCAGAGGUUUCUCAGUAACCUUUGCGACAAAACAAUUUUGCGAGUUGGCGACAUCGCAUACAAGGAUUUUUUGGAAAUAUAUCACAAAAUUAUAACAUUUCACAUUGCGUGUGUUAACACAGAUGUUAGUUUGAUUUAGAAAAUGUUCUCGGAAAAUUUAUUUUAUUGACUAUUUCAGAUUCAAAACCUUUUUCCAACUGUGAAGUACUACGAACUGAGAUUGGACAAAAUACCUAUCUCAUUUGAUUCGUCAAAAUGUUUUUCUGCCAAUUCAACAGCUUCCCAAGAAAAUAUUGAAAGCUCGAAAGAUCGCUCACAAAUGGUGGAAAAAGAAGAAAAUUCUAUACAAAUGGAUUUUAAUAGGUCGUUUUUUGAGAAAAUUCUCAAGAAAAAUAAGUGUUUCAUUUUCAGGAAGAAUACUGCGAUUGAGACACAGCUGGAUGAUAUGAAAAAGUUGCGACAAACAGAAACAGAAUAUUCGGAAAAGUUGAAAACAGAAAAUUCGAAACUAUCAACUCAAUUGGAAGAAAUCAAAAACAAAAUGAAAUUGGAGCAGAAUUCUGAAAUCGAAAAACUACGAAAACUAUUGGAAACAAAGAAUCUGCAGAUCGAGAAGCUUGAGAAAAAUAAAAGUAAAAAAGCGGCGAUUGAAAAUGAAAAAACUGAUGAGAAAAAUUUGAAAGUGUAAGUUAAAAAUGUGAAAAUAGAGUUGAACAGAAACAUUUUAGUCAGAUGACAAAUCUCAAGAAAAACUAUCGAGAAGAAAUGCAUAAAUUGAAAGAAGAAUCGAAUAAUCGAAAUAACCAGAUUCAUAAAUUACAAGCUGAAUUGAAAAAGUGAGUGGAAUAGCUUUUUCAACAACAAAUUUUCUUCGAAAUUUCAGAUCGAGAGAGGAAUUGAAGGCGGAAAGAUUGGCUUCGAAUAAAUUGAAUGAUGAAGCUUUGAAAAAAGCGAAUGAACAGAUGAAGAAAAUGAAAUUGGAAUUGGAAAAUCUGAAAUUUUCAGAUAACGCAAAAAACAAAACAAAUAAUUGA